GCGAGGAGAUGGCGGGCGGGCGCCUGCUGGACGGGCUCUUCGCGCUCUACUUCCUCACGCACAUCCCCGUCACGCUGCUGGUCGACCUGCAGGCGCUGCGGCCCGGCGCCCACCCGCGCGCGCUGACAGAAUGGUUAACGUGGUACACAAAUGCAUUUAAGGACCCCUUGAUGGCUGAUCCCCCAGCCUGGUUCAGGUCCUUCAUCUACUGUGAAGUCUUCUUACAGCUGCCCUUCUUUCCUGUUGCAGCCUACGCAUUCUGGAAAGGGAACUGCCAGUGGAUCCGGACUCCAGCGAUUAUCUACGCAACUCAUGUGGCCACAACCUUGCUUCCCAUCCUUUCACACUUCCUCUUCACCGAUUUCUCGAAGUCCAAGCACCCUGGGCCAGAGACACUGCAUGAGCGACUGACCCUCUCAGCCAUCUACCUCCCCUACCUGCUGAUUCCUCUGCUGAUGCUCUCUUCUAUGCUGCUCAAUCCCCUGUAUAACAAGGUGGAAAAGAGGAAGAAGAAGUAACCUGGGGAAGGAACAGGGAGUGGCUGGCUUGGGAAAUUUGCAAAUCGGGUCAGUGCCAGCAAAGCUGUUUGUGUGAAUGGCUCGUGCACCAAAGCCAUCGCAAGGAUGUGGGGUUUGGCUCUUUCAGGUUUCUGAAAAGCCUGUUGAUAUUUUCUAAAACAGACUAAUCUAGUAAAAUAUGUAGUUUUA